GUAAACAAACCUGAGAUCGCACGUGUUUACAGCGGCCUCCCUCCUCAAACUUCCUUCAUGUGACAUAUUACCAAUAUUAUCAUCCACAAUGUCAGAAGGAAGUAGAAUCUUCACGCCCUACAGAGCCCUGGGCUUGGUGAGCAAUGGAAUUCCUUUGGCGAUUCGUUAUAUUGAGAGAAGAAAGGAAAAUCUGAUCGUGACGGCCGUGGGGAAUUCCUUCCAUACGUACAGCGGUAACAAGCUCGUACUUUUGACUGUAAGUAACCCUCACCCGAGCCCCAUAGUAGCUCUCAGUGCCGAUGCCUACCACAUCUACACGUCUUGUGACAAGGUGAUAUAUGCCUGGCGUCGUGGCACGGAGAUCAAACAUAAGUAUGUUGGCCACCAAGCUGAUGUUCAUCUCAUGCUGCCGUUCGGUCCCCUCUUGAUAUCGGUUGACAGGCUGAAUAACUUGCGUGUUUGGGAUAUCAAAGAUGAGUCACUCCACCUGGAUAUGGAAUUUCAGAGCAAGUCCUUUGAGAUUUCGGCGAUAGUUCACCCAGCAACGUACCUCAAUAAGAUCCUGUUAGGCAGUAAGCAAGGUCAGUUGCAGUUGUGGAACCUGAAGACGUGCAAGCUCCUGUACACAUUUGCAGGAUGGGAUUCAGAAGUGGUUACGAUGGAGCAGGCUCCAGCUCAAGAUGUGAUAGGCAUUGGGUUGGCCAAUGGCAGAAUUAUUCUACAUAAUUUAAAAUUUGAUGAGACUGUUGUGGAAUUUAAGCAAGACUGGGGCAGGGUGACAGGAAUUAGCUUCCGAACAGAUGGAUUUCCUGUGAUGAUAACAGGAAGUGAAAUGGGGCACAUUGCACAGUGGGACUUACAAGAGAGAAAACUGGCCUCACAGAUACGUAAUGCUCAUGACAGUGCAGUUGCUGGCAUUGCAUGCUUUCCAAAUGAGCCCUUGAUGGUCACAAAUUCAAGGGAUAAUACUGUCAAGAUAUGGAUAUUUGAUAUGCUGGAUAGAGGAGGACGAUUACUCAAGUUUAGGGAUGGUCACUCAGCACCACCUCUUUCAAUCAGAUUCCAUGGAAGUUUUGGAGGUAAAAUUAUUACUGCUGGUGAAGAUUCCUCCAUGAGAAUUUUCCACAAGAUCAAUAAUGUUUUAAGUAGUAGUUUGGGACAGGCUUCCUACAAUCGCAAAGCAUCAAAGAGGAGUAAGGCAUCAUCAGAAGCCUUGAAAAUGCCCCCAAUUACUAAAUUUACAUCAGAAACAACAAGAGAAAAGAGUUGGGACAGUCUUGCAGCAGUUCACCGUGGCACACCAAUUGUUACAACAUGGUCAGUAGACAAACAGAAAAUGGGAGAGCACAAGUUGAUGCAUGAACGCUUUAAGGACAAGACCAUACGUCGUGUAACUGGGACAUGUGUGGAACUUAGUAUUUGUGGGAAUUUUGUAAUAAUUGGCUAUGAUUCUGGUCAUUUAGAUAAAUAUAAUAUACAGUCUGGAAUAUACAGAGGAACCUUUGGUACACCUAUUGCUCAUGAAGAUGGGGUUAGAGAUGUUGUGGCAGAUGGGCUAAAUAAGUUUGUGGUAUCUGGAGGUGAAAAUGGAGAGCUAAAGUGGUGGAAGUUAAGUACGUGUGAAGAAGUCCAUACACUAGCAUUAGAAGAAUGCAUAACAAGAAUGGUGUUGCAGCGAGAUUCUGGACUCUUAGCAAUUGCCAUGGAAGACUGGAGCAUACACAUUGUUGAUGUAGAUACACAGACUGUAGUUCGUAGGUUAUAUGGACACAGGAAUCAAGUGUCAGAUGUUUCAUUCAGUCAUGAUUCAAGAUGGUUGAUUAGCUCAUCACUUGAUAAGACUGUGAGGACAUGGGACAUUCCAUCAAGUGCUUGUGUGGAUUGCUUUUCACUGCCAAUUCCAGCAACUUCUCUGGCCAUGUCUCCAGUUGGUGAUUUCUUAGCUACCAUACAUGCAGAUAAGCUGGGUGUUUAUCUUUGGUCUAACCAGGGAUGUUAUCAUCACUUGUCUCUUCGUCCACUACCGCAAGACUUUGAGGCUAGUAUUGUGGGCUUACCAUCAACAGCUGCAGAUGCAUCUCACUUACCUCCUAAAGAAGGUGAAGAGUUAGCAGAACUGCCCAAAGAAGAUGAGAUUGAUGAUGGUGAAGAAUAUAAGAGUCCUGAACAAAUAUCUGAAGAACUUGUAACACUGGCAUUACUCCCUACAUCAAGGUGGUUGAAUUUGUUAAAUUUGGAUGUUAUCAAGAAGAAAAAUAAGCCAACAGAAGUGAAAAUUCCAAAGGCGGCACCUUUCUUUUUGCCAACUGUUCCAGGACUUGAAUUCAAAUUUGCAUCAGAAGAAAAGACAGACAGUGAUAAAACAAAGGUGAAAGUUGCAAGAUCAUUUGAAGUGUUAACAGACUUUGGAAAAAAAUUGAAAGCAGGCGAGUUUCAUGAAUCCCUGAGAAUGUUGAUAGAAAUGGGACCCUCUGGAAUUGAGGUAGAAAUUCGCAGCCUUGACCCUGACAUUGGUGGAUCAGAAGAUCUCCUCCUCAAGUUUUUGGAGAUGAUCAAGUAUGCAUUGGAUAGAAAUAUGUACUUUGAAGCUGUCCAGGGAUAUUUGAGUUUAUUCUUGAAACUCCAUGCAGAAUAUGUUAUGAGUAAUGGAAAUGUACGCGAGACUUGUGAAACAUUAGCGGGCGUGCAAGGAAAAGCUUGGAAUAGUGUGUGUGAGGAAAUUGACCAAACUCUAGCUCUUGUAUCAUAUUUCAAGAAUGCUGCUCUGAUUAACUUCUAGUAUAAUGAGCUGUAAGAAGUGAAUCCAUAUAGUAUUUUGUUAACAUAGGAAUAUUUAUGUUAUUGUUUGAGAACUUUAUAGUGAAAGUUCUAAUAUGUUAUUGCUCAUUUUGUAAUAAUUUGCAAAGUAAAAAGUAUUGUCAUCAA